UGACACUGCUUUGGACCAAUGAGAGCACACUGCUGCGAGUAGGCGGGAUUUCCUUGUGAAUUUAGCAUUGCGGCCUCUGCUGAAGGGCACCUGUCUUACUCUGUGUGCGCAGGGGUCGUGUGUGUUAGAGGACCAUUAACAAUCCACCAUGGGAGGACACGACGCCGGAACCCAACACCAGUUCACUGGGAUCGCCAAGUACUUCAAUGCGUACACAAUCACAGGAAGGAGGAAUUGUGUUUUGGCCACAUAUGCCAGCAUAGUAGGCAUCGUCCUUUUCUUCAAAUUGAAACCCAAGAAACAGGCUGCCGUCACAGCAAAGUGAUCAUGUGUCCAUUCUGACCGUCGUUUGACAACUGGAGUGGAGGAAGCAGCUGGACAUGCUUGUAAUAAAAUAUAAUUGUUUGGUUUCCCUAUGUUAACAAUAAAGAACAUGCCCCAAAAUA